ACGCCGCGCCAAUGGUUAGACAUCCCGCCUUGAAGUGAACCAAUCGUCAGACGCGCCGCAGUUGAUCGCGUAUAAAACGGCAUUCGCCAUUGGCUGUACAGCCGGCGUCGGUUCGAAACGGUCGCGCCGCCAGCCAAUAGCCACGGCGCGCGCUACGUAACCAACUGUUUGCGGCCAUUCCGCCAUAUUGUGUAUGCAGCGCGGGUCAGUGGCGCGUGUAUAUGGGUCUUUCGUCAACAUUUUCUCCCUCGCGUCAAACGUAAGGUGUGCAUGAAUUUGCCUGUCCGAUUAACGAGGCAUAUCGCGCGCGCAUGAUGGAUCCGUCUAAAUUGAAAGUGGUGGAGUUGCGAGCCGCGCUGAGCGAGCGCGGCCUCGACACCAAGGGCAACAAGCCAGUGCUCGUCGAGCGGCUACGCAAAGCUCUGGAGGAAGAGACUCAGGAGGAGUAUGGUUCAGUUUUGCACGCAGAAAAUAUUGAUGAUACAGCUUUGAAAGAAACACAAGAGAGAAUGAUUGAAACUAUGCGAUUGUCACAAUCACCGAGAACACCUAGUAGAGCAUCUAGGAGUGCCCCGACGACGACUCCGACAAAAAUUUCUACCAGAAAUGCAUCAAGAACAUCUACAACUCCAAAUUCUUCUAAGCAGUCUACUCCAAGCAAAUCUCAAUAUGACGAAGAACAACUUGUAAUGCAACAAGAGGAAAUGUCAAAAUUGUCCCCUGAAAAGUGUAGGGAAGAGCCAAAAGAUGAUGCAUCUUGUGUUGUUCAGGAUAAAAUGUAUUUGUCGGUAUCUGAAAAAUAUGAGGAAGAAGAGGCAAAGCAUGUUAAUAUUUUAGAAGGUAAUAAGUAUCGAGCGAAUAUUCUUCAAGUACCUGCGACAGAACCGUCUGAAAAACUUAGUACAAUUGCACACGUAGAUCAAUUUUCUAUAAUUCAAGAAGAUUGUGAAGCAAAAAGAUCUAAUAUAGAUGAAGAUGGCAAAGUUCAACAGUUAAUUGUGGAAACAAAAGCUACUACAAAAUUGGAAGAAAAAACUGAGAUUAAGGAUGCAGAUAUUGGUAAAAUACAAGAUACUUUUGAGAGAAACAUUCAAGAUAAAGUUUCAAUUGAGAAGGAAAAUGUUAAACGUGCAGAGGAUAAAUAUAACAUUAAGGACAAUAUAGACAUUCCGGAAGUUAAACAACCAACACAUACGAUGCCUGAUCAGGUAGAUAAAACGUGUGAUACUGAAUUAAAGCAGGAAGAAAAGAUUAUUCAUGAUGAUUAUACAGUGCAAGAUAAAAAAAUGGACAUUUCAGUUAAUAUAAAAAAUUUAGAUGAAAAACUCGAUAAUACUGAUAUUUCACAAGAUAAGGAUACAAUAGCCGAAAAUUAUUUCUUGAAGCAAAAAGCCACAUUAGAUGCGGAAGAACCAAAUCAAAUGGAAAGCAAUGACAGGAAAAGAAAAAGAUCUCCUAGCCCAGGGGAAGUUCAUCACCCAUCUCCUGUGUUACCAAAAGCGGAGGAUGAACCAGAUCUUGAUGAAUCAGCUGUAAUUUUAUCAUGGUAUGAUUCAGAUUUGAAUUUAGUUAUUGAUAAAAAUGGAUUUCUCUCUGCUACACCUAUGCACAAUGGUGAUCUCUGUGAUAUGUGGGCUGGUGCAAGAGCAUCUCAUGGUGUCUUAAAUGGAAAAGUCUAUUACGAAGCUAAAAUUACGCAACACUGUCCUACUGUCACAAAAGACGAAAAACACUUGCAUAUGCUUAGAAUUGGUUGGUCAGUACCCUCUGCGUCUAUGCAACUUGGUGAGGAAAAAUUGAGUUAUGCAUAUACGAGCGCUGGGCAGCAGGGUACUGACAGGAAGUUUACGGACUACGGUUUCCCAUUUGGCAAGGACGACGUUGUGGGAUGUUAUCUUGACAUGACGCCUGAAAAUACUGUAGAACUGUUUUAUACAGUAAAUGGCGAGAAUGUUGGAUCUGCAUUUAGUGUUUCCAAGGAUGAGCUUGGCGAUAGACCAUUAUUUCCGCAUAUUCUGAGUAAAAAUUGUACGUUUGUCUGUAAUUUUGGUCAAGAGGAGCCAUGGUGCGAGCGAGUUCCAGGAUAUGUCUUAGUGGGUAACAUUGAAUCCGAGGACACAGUCGCAGGGCCGCGUAGACCAGAUGGGAAGGCGGAUUGCGAAGUGAUAAUGAUGUGCGGUUUACCCGCGGCAGGAAAAACUACCUGGGCAAUGAAGCAUGCGUCUAAUCAUCCUGAUAAAUUAUAUAAUAUUUUAGCGCUCCACAACUUGAUUGAGAAAACUGGAGAUAUUGCUCUGUCAGAUCAAGAGCAAAACACCUGUCAACGAGAUAUUAUUAUUGGUAGAUGUACUCGCGCACUCGACCAACUAAUCAAUGUGGCAGGUGGCAGAAGACGUAACUAUAUAUUAGAUCAGAAAAGCAACAUAUAUUCUUCCGUACAAAGACGUAAAAUGCGGAAUUUCUGCGGAUAUCAGAGAAAAGCGAUUAUUGUUUUACCAACAAACGAGGAAUAUAAUCAACGGUUGUCCACGCAUAAUGCAAUCGAAGGAAAAGUUUCCGAGUCUAAACUUAUGGAAAUGAAAGCAAAUUUCACUGCACCUUUGGCGGGGGAAUCUUUCGAUACAGUGGAGUGGAUCGGUCUUGACGAGGAAGAAGGCAAGAAGCUCAUUGAGAAAUAUAACAAGGAAGGUAAAGAUGCUGGAUUCAGUCAGCAAUCGGCAGCAAAACGACCACGUCUUGACAAGACUGAGGGUAACAAAGAGACGCGUGAUUCGCGGAACAAUCGAGACACUCGAGAUCGAAGAAAUAAUUAUCAAGAUAGAGGUCGCAAUCCUUCUUGGCGCGGCGCCAAUAUGGGAGGUUGGAGAGGAGAAAGACCGCAAAGAGGUGGUUACAUGAGGCACACUGGGGGCUAUGGACCUCCCGUCCCAUGGAGACUACGAGGACGAGGAGGACCUGCGAUGGUACGAGGAGGAACAGACAGAAGAAUGGGUGGAGUAGAUAGGAGACCUGGAAAUGACAGAAAUCGAUCUGUUGCGCCUAGGCAAGGUGGUUGGGGUUCCAUGAGUGGAAGUUAUCAAGGAUCACAGCAGUCCAGUUGGGGUCAACAGGACAAUUGGUCAGGUAGCCAGACCCAAGGAAAUUGGAAUCAACAAAGUGGCUGGGGACAACAACAGUGGGGUGGCGGGUGGAAGGGAUAUGGCCAAGGCACAUACGGUCAGGCGGGAUACAAUCAACAUGGAUACGGCAAUGGUAAUUGGAAUAGCUGGAAUCAACAGUAUUACAACAACCAGUAUUGGGGUCAGCAACAACAGAGUGGACAAACUACUGCAGCUGGCGGCCAAGCUGUAAGCAAACAAUAAUCCACCAUCGUAAAUGUUACGAGAACGGAAAAUGAAUGUAAGGAGUUUACAAGCGACAUGGUUGCAACGACAUCUACCAAUGCGGGAACAGGAUAUAGUUACUCGCAGGGAUAAUAGACUUACGUGAGAACGAGUAUACCUGUUUUAAAUCCUGCAACAGCAAUCACCACGCAACAAUCUCAUUCACAUAAGUAGAAAAAACAACUUGUACUACACACGUUAUAUACAUCACGGUAUAUUUGUAUGUUUGACAAAUGUUUGAGUUUUUUUUGCAAUAUCAUUCAUAGAAUGUUACAUUGACAUAACAGCAGACACAGACAACAUUGCGUUUUCUUAGUCUUGAUAAAGAUUUGCACGAUUUUUUCAUCUUUGUGCGCAACGACGUUACAAGCAUUAUAAAAUAAUGCAUUUCCUUACAUUGAAACAAAUGCUUGUGAGAGAAUUUUGAAAUAUAAUCGACGCUAAAAGAAAUGAAUUUUGAUUCUUACCGGAGAAAGACAGGUCUAAUAAUAUAAGUGCAUUAACACAGUAAUGUAACAUUCGCGAGAAAGAAUUUAACUUUUUAUCGCAUCUUUAAAAACUGUAAAUGAGAAAGAUAAAAGAAAGAGGAAGAGUACUACGUAUGGGUACAAACCACAUAAGUAGUAUUAAAAGUCGGAAAGAAAAGAUAGCAAUCACCCUUAAAAAUUUGUGUAAAUAUGUACAGAGAUCUAAAGUAAAAAAAUUACACAGAAAAAUAUCGAUCUAUUUAUACAUUGAAUAGAUGUAGCGAAUUCACUUGGAUGCAUCAGUGCGCAUUACAAGCUAGUGUGUGCAAAUUGACGCAUGAUUUGACAUCUCAAUUGAUGUAUGCAUAAACAGUUGAAUUCCGGGUAAGGUUUCUGAAACCCCAGUGACGUAAAUUACACAUCUAUCUAUAUUAUUUGAUAUAUUAUUUGUUGUAUUUUAUCGCGAUUGCUUGUGUUUUUCCCGAUUGGCGUGUGACAAGCUUUAAUUUGCAUUAGUGAAUUCGCUAAUAGUGAAACUUAGCAGUGCCCUUCUAGAAAGAGAAAAAAUACGCAAGAAAAAAUAUAUAUUGUAUAUCGUUUAUCCCUAUUCUUAUCUUUCUACACCACCGAUAAUGUAUAAAGAGAAAAAUAUUGUGGCGUAAAUAAAUUAUUCUUGGACACACGUUUUAUACAUGCAGAUUUUUCAUUACACAACACGACACAGACAAGGUCUUGCUACGAUAAUUAAUUUUGUUUAUUGAACAGUUUCAAAUAUUUAAAUAUUAAUACCUACCUGUGUUUUCUAGUUAUAUGGAAUACUUUUUGAUUGUAUUGCACGAGAAAAAAGAGAGAGAGAGCGAGAGAACAUGGCGUUUGCUACAUAUAUGCGUUUAAUUGGUCUCAUCUGUUCUAUAUGGUACUCGAUUCAUAAUGUAUUUGUUACCCUACGUACUUCCUCUGCUAGUAGAACAAUUUGAUUUUAUCACAUCCUCGCUCGAGGAUAUGAAGAAUGAACGUCUCAUGAUGUCUAUCUCAACUGCACCUUAUCAAUGAUAUAUUUUUAUAUAUACAUAAUAUAUAUUUAUACAUAUACAUAACAUCCAUUCUGAAAAUAUCGAGCGAACCAGUCGCUUGCGUUUAUAUACAGAUUCACAAUUAAUGAAUCAAAAAUGGUACGAUUUAAUGAUGCUAAAUGUAACUUGCAUUAGAUAUUUGUAACGUAAAUCAUCCUUUAAUUAUAUUAUUUGAAAUAGUGAAUAAUUGAGAAAGAUGUUACGCGAACAAGACGGAUGAUCCAUUUCUUCUCGUGAUUUUAUUCAUUCGUAGGAAAGAUCCCUUUUUAGGUUCAGAGAAUGAUUGUCUCAUUAUAGCUCGUUUUUUUCUACGUACAUAUUGUACAGUGUGUGAUGUUCCGAGCUAAAGUACUUCUGUGUGAAAUCGAAAAUAAUAUAAGUAAUGUUUAAGUGUAAUGAUACGCAAAGUUAGAUAUAAUUAAAAGAUAUUAGGGUAGAUGAGAGAAAGAGGGAGGUGAGCUAUUUUUUAAGAUAUAAUCAGGAGCUCUAUUUAACCUACACGUAGCAUAUGCUAGUACCUCUGUGUUACCACAUAAGCGAAGAAGAAUAAAAAAAAAUGAGCCCCAAUAUGUUGUGGGCUACAUUGUGUAAUGACGAUAAUCACGCAUAGUAAUUUCUUUUCUAUAUGAUGCAAAAUAAAAUUAAUGCAUAACCUGUAAACUUAAUUGUUGACACAAAAAUGUACAAACAUAUUCAUAAAAAUAAAAGGGUUCUAUUUA